AUGGCCUUCACCGCUCUCCUCUCGAUCGUCGCUCUCGCCACUGCUACCAGUGCUGCCGUCACCAAGCGCGUUACUUGCGCCGACGGUAACAUCACGGCCAACGAAGCGUGCUGUGUCCUCUUCCCCAUCCUCGACGAUAUCCAGACGAACCUGUUCGACAAUGCUGGCUGUGGUGAGGAUGUGCACGAGUCCCUCCGCCUGACGUUCCACGACGCCAUCGGCUUCUCGCUGCACAACUCUUCCGUCGGCACCGGCGCCGACGGAUCCAUCGCUAUCUUCGAGAACAUCGAGGCUAACUUCCAUGCCAGCAUCGGUGUUGACGAGAUCAUCAACGAGCAGAAGCCGUUCCUUGCCCGCCACCCGGAGAUCAACACGGCCGACUUCAUUCAGUUCGCUGGUGCAGUAGGUGUCUCCAACUGCCCAGGUGCUCCGCAGCUUCAGUUCCUGCUCGGUCGUGUGGACGCGACGGCACCCGCUGUCGACAAGACCAUCCCGGAGCCCUUCGACACGGUCGACAGCAUCCUUGCUCGCUUCGCCGACGCUGGCUUCACCCCGGCUGAAGUUGUUGCUUUGCUCGCUUCGCACACCGUCGCUGCAGCCGAUGAAGUCGACCCGACCAUCCCCGGAACUCCCUUCGACAGCACCCCGUUCACCUUCGACACCCAGUUCUUCGUCGAGACCCAGCUCCGCGGCACGCUCUUCCCCGGUACCGCUGGCAACCAGGGUGAGGUCGAGUCACCACUCAAGGGCGAGAUGCGGCUGCAGUCCGACUCUGAGCUCGCGCGCGACUCGCGCACUGCAUGCCUCUGGCAGGCGAACGUCAACGACCAGGCCCACAUGAUGAGCUCGUUCUCCGCCGCGAUGGCCAAACUUGCAGUGCUCGGUCAGGACACCAGCAAGAUGGUCGACUGCUCCGACGUCCUUCCUCGCGUCAAGCCGUUCACUUCCUCCGCGACCUUCCCUGCCGGUCUCUCCAACGCCGAUGUUGAGCAGGCGUGCGCCACCUCCGCCUUCCCCACCCUCAAGACUGACCCCGGCCCGGUGACCUCUGUGGCCCCUGUCCCUCCUUCGUAA